AUGGCCGAUCUUACAGCCAGUCGCGUAACACCGUGUCGACCAUUUCUACGUGUAGGUAUUGAUUUUGCUGGUCCACUUACCAUAGCCGAGAACCGUCACAAGAAUUCACGAUCAAUCAAGUGUUACCUUGCAAUUUUUGUGUGUAUGGUUGUUAAAGCGGUACAUAUCGAAGUGGUAUCAGAUCUAUCCACACCAUCGUUUCUAGCAUCCCUACACCGUUUUGUUACUCGACGUGGCACUCCGACCGAUAUUUAUACUGAUUGUGGAUCUAACUUCAAAGGUGCUGACCAGCAAUUACGACAAAUGAUGUUAGAUCCCACAGCUCAAACAACAUAUUCCAACAGUAUAUUAUGUAAGUGGCAUUUCAACCCUCCCGCAGCUCCACAUUUCGGUGGUCUGUGGGAAGCGGCUGUAAAAUCCACUAAGUAUCACUUGAAACGAGUAGUGGGUACUCAACGUUUGACUUUUGAAGAAAUGGCCACGUUAACAACUCGUAUCGAAGCCGUACUUAAUUCACGUCCGAUUACACCAAUAUCCACUGAUCCAAACGACUAUCGCGCAUUAACCCCAGGACACUUUCUCAUUGGCCACCCAAUGGUAGAAAUCCUAGAAGCAGAUGUGACCCAUGUGCUCCAAAAUCGCCUCAAUCGUUGGGAGCUUCUUCGACAAAUGUACCAGUCAUUCUGGAACAGUUGGUCCACAGAAUAUUUGUCAUCGUUACAACGACGUAAUAAAUGGACUGACCAUCAACCGAACAUCAAGGUUGACGAUUUAGUAAUAGUAAACUUGCCAAACCAACCACCAAUACAGUGGAAACUUGGUCGAAUCCAACAAAUCUCGGGCGUUGAUGGUGUGGUGCUUGUAGCCACAGUGCGGACAGAACACGGAACCCUCACACGACCAAUAGUAAAAUUAGCCAUGCUUCUCGUUGAUAGAUAA